AUGGAUCAACACCAGGACUAUAUGAACAACGCCCCUAACACCUACAGCUACAACUCCGGGGACACCAUGAGCGCUUCCUUAGCCGGCAUGACCAUCAACGACCUGCAUCACCAGGAGAACGGGGUCCAGCUGGGGCACAGGAGCCCAGGGGAUGGCCCCAUGAAAGGUCAGCUAUUAUAUCUAUCUAUCAGCCUGUAAAAUAGGCUGCUAAACUAGCACAGCCCAUCAAAGCACACGCUUGCUCAAUUAACCUCCUGAUAGAAACAGAGGGAUGUUUUAUUGAGGCUAUUACUACAGCGAGGCCCAAAAUAGCCUUAGAGGAUGGGCGUGCAAAGGAGCUUGAAGGGUAAAAGAAAAAAUUAAGUCUUCAUUAAAACUGCAUGAGCCAGAAAAGUGUGAUUAGGGGUACUAAUUGUAGUCAGGAAGAACACAACAAAUGACUUCACUUACACAGCUUAUUUUUAUAGCUUCACAUAAGCAAAUGGGUUGGAUCUGUGUGGGCAUAGUGGGCGGAGAGUAGCUUUGUAGUCAACAAGCAUUAUCCUAGCCACAAAAACGUGCCCAAGACUGCCAUAUCUAGAUGAAUGUCUUGAAUGAUGAGCUUUUUUUGUUUUCUCUAAAGGCACAUGCCAUUUCCUAGUCAAAAUGUUCUGCAAUGAAUGGGCCAAGAGGCUGAGGCUUCUGAUUGUGCUUUGUUUUAAUCCCUUUACAUAAAGCAAACAAGGCAUGCUUGACUGGGCUUUCAGUCCCCAGAUUGCAGCUGCGCUCUCCUGCUCUGCAAUACAGGGAUCUGGGUCAGGGCCUCAGAACGCUCCCUGCACCUCCAUCCACCGCCACUGUUACCAAUUCAGCCCUGUAAACAAUCAAGCUUUCAGGACAGUACAUAGAUCCUUAACCUUUUGUAAAGGCACAUUAAUAAUCAAAUGGGUAGUCAAUGGAAGGCUAAGACUAGGAAGGAAUGGGGAGAUACAGUACAGUAGGGAAAGCCUUGGCUACAGGGAGGUUUUUCCCAUGGCGUUGAUGGCGUAUUGCAGUGCCUUCAGAAAGUAGUGUUACAAAGUGGGAUUACCGGUAAUAUGGAUUUAAUUGUAAUUUUUUUCAACAAUCUACACAAAAUACUCUGUAAUGUCAAAGUGGAAGAAAAAUUGUAAUAUUGGUAAAAAAAAAAAAAAAAAAAAGCGAAUAAACUGUAUCUUGAUUAGAUAAGUAUUUGCACACCUGUAUUGUACAAUAUUUGCACAUUAUUAUUUUUAGAAUUCUUCAAGCUCUGUCAAGUUGGUUGUUGAUCAUUCGUAGACAGCCAUUUUCUAGUCUUGCCAUAGAUUUUCAAGCCGAUUUAAGUCAAACUGUAACUAGGCUACUCAGGAACAUUCAAUGUUGUCUUGGUAAGCAACUCCAGUGUAUAUUUGGCCUUGAGUUUUAGGUUAUUGUCCUGCUGAAAGGUGAAUUUGUCUCCAAGUGUCUGUUGGAAAGCAGACUGAACCAGGUUUUCCUCUAGGAUUUUGCCUGUGCUUAGCUCUAUUCUGUUUAUUUUUAGCCUAAGAAAACUCUCUAGUCCUUGCCAUUGACAAGCAUACCCAUAACAUGAUGCAUCCACCACCAUGCUUGAAAACAUGAAGAGUGGUACUCAGUGAUAUGUUGUGUUGGAUUUGCCCCAAACAUAACGCUUUGUAUUCAGGACAUAAAGUUAAUUUCUUAGCCAAUUUUCUUUGCAUUUUUACUUUUAUUGCCUUAUUGCAAACAGGAUGCAUGUUUUGGAAUAUGUUUUAUUCUGUACAGGCUUCCUUUUUUUCAUACACAGGCUUCCCUUUUCUAACCCAUCUACCAAUAGGUGUCCUUCUUUGUGAAGCAAUGGAAAACCUCCCUGAUCUUUGUGGUUGAAUCUGUGUUUGAAAUUCACUGCUCGACUGAGGGACCUUUCAGCUAAUUGUAUGUGUGGGGUACAGAGAUGAGGUAGUCAAUCAAAAAUCAUGUUAAACACUAUUAUCGCACACAGAGUGAGUCUAUGCAACUUAUUAUGUGACUUGUUAAGCUAAUUUUUACUCCUGAACUUAUUUAGGUAUGCCAUAACAAAGGGGUUGAAUACUUAUUGACUCAAGACAUUUCAGCUUUUCAUUUUCAUUUCAUUGUUGAAAAAAUAACAUAAUUCCACUUUGACAUUAUGGGGUAUUGUGUUUAGACCAGUGACAUAAAAUCUAAAUGUUAUACAAUUUUAAUUCAGGCUGUAACACAACAAAAUGUGGAAAAAGUCAAUUAGUGUGAAUACUUUCUGAAGGCACUUUAUCUACAAAGGAGAGAAGAGCACAGUAGCUGUACUGUUGCCAACCUUUCACAAUGGGGUUGCUGUUGUGUUGCAACAAAUGUAACAACAACGAUGAUAACCUUCUCUUUUUAUUCCUGCUGUGCCCCCAAAUGGCUGUUCUGGCCUAGUAGUACGUAGUCUAGCUUUCCCCAGUUUACAGCCCUCACUAGUGCACUCGUUCUCCCCCUUCGCCCUUCCCCUUACCACUUGGACGAGCAGGAAGCUACACCGCUCUGAGUCAGGUUCCUCCACAGAGCUUAACAGCACGUGCGCUGACUGUACGGCACAUAGUGAGUACACUCUACUAACUAGUAGUUACGGGAGACCACUGUGAUUUGUUAGUAGUCUUCUAGUGUAGAUACUAAAUAUUUACUUCACAAUGGAGUCAAGCGUGUUUUGUGUAGUUUAGUGGUAUAUGAGAUCAUGUGAAGUCAUUAGCAAUUGGUGAUCAUUCUUCAUGAUUAAAGAGCUGGUUUUCGCCCUUUCAGCAAUUUCCAUUUAAUUGCCAGACUGACUACUGCUAACUUAAAUAAUUGUCACUUGCACUGAAAUACGUUGGCAAUUGAUUGUUUGAUGAUGUAACAAUCUUGAUCAUGGUGCGAUAAGCGCUAAAGGAACGGGCGCCAUUCUCUGAAAGGGGAAUUACAGAGCUGGUCAACGGGUGCAACAUUAAGCCUGGAUUUAGGGACUAAACAUUACAAUAAUACCCAAUGGCUGGGUUUAAAUGUUGAAAUAAAGGUAUUUUUGAUUCCAUUUCACAGCAUUUGUUGAUAUUCACUACUUCCAUAACCAGUGUUUGGUGUGUGGAAAAUGUGGAGGAGGUUUUUCAGUACUACACACCAUCGGCACAGAUAGAUGAAGUUGCAGUUGUGUUCAUUAGGCACCAAACGGACUGAAACAGCAUGGACUACAUGCACAUGUCCAAUAUGAAACAUUAAUUUUACAUUUUCCCUUUCAUAACCUUUUCCUACGGUGUGUCCUUCUGAACACGGCCCAGGUUUCUAAUCUAAAGCUUGCCUUUCUCUCCCAGUGGAGCCUGAGGAAGCCACAGUAGAGGGCAGAGCGGCUGAACCACAGUCUGAGCUCUUUGAACUGGAGAGCAAGACCUGUGAUGAGGAGGUGCACCCUGGUAUGCCCCCACCACCACCACUGCACUUUGCAUUCAGCUUUAAUACCAAUGUUUUUUCUAUCCAUAAAAAAAUAAAAAAUCCUUCACUAUGUACAGUCUGUGUUUCUAUGCAGGAUACCAUUUUAAUAUUGCUAAACUAUUCAUUUGUUUCAGAGCCAUAACCCCAAGAAAGCUUGUUUUUUGGUUUGCAGACUUUAUUUUGCUUUACAAAUGUAUGACAACCUAUAUGACUAACCUUUGCUUUCUUCUCAGUUUGAUUGAUUGUGUCUGGCUCUGUGUUUUGUAUUUUGCCUUCUGAUCAUCGGUCAAAAUAAGCAGAUUGUUAUUUAUUAAUCCAUGACAUGCCCAACCAGGUUUCUAACCUAAAGCGUGCAUUUCUCUCCCAGUGGAGCCUGAGGAAGCCACACCAAAGGACAGGGUGGCUGAACCACAGUCUGAGCUCUCUGAACUGGAGAGCACCCCCUGUGACGAGGAGGUGCACCUUUGCGCCUCUGGGGAGGAGGUGCAACCUGGUACCAGAACCACCACUGUCUUUUGCAUUAAACCUUUCUAAUGUUGUUAUUUUAUAUUAAUAGCUGGUUCUGCCCCUCUUUUGUAUGUAACAUAAUUAUAUUAUGUACUGUAUCAGCUUAAUAUUGUUUUAACUAUUUGUUGGUUUCAGAAGCCAUAACCUGAAGAGAGUUUGUUUUUGUUUGGCUUUCGUUAAUGCUUACUUUAAUGUUAUUUCUGGGUUAACCUUUUUUUCCCUUUUGUCUUUUAUGAAUCACUCUUAAUUUUCUUAAUACUCUUACUUCUCUCAUUAAUUUCCCCCAGUGCAUUUGGUUUUGUGUGUGUGGUCAAGUUUGUAGCAGACAAAUCACAAAGCAUAACUUUUCCCCUGGUCCAUACACAAUACCAUUGUGUACAGUAUCUCAACUAGAACUACUAAAGAUACAUACUAGUGUCAGCAGUGGGAUCAAAACACACGCCUCCAUUCUGAAAACAGAUAGAAACCGGAUAUGUUACACAUAGCAUUAUGGGUAUUGUAGUACACUGCACGCCAUGUUACAUGUUACAUAGCCCAAGAGAAAGGGGAAACAGCAUGUUGAAAGGACCCUGUGAUAUGUUAAACAGAUCAGGAGCCUUCAGAUAUGGAGGAUGCCACAAUAAUGGAGAACACAGUUGCUGUGCAGCCAGAAGGAAAACCAGGUUAGGUGUCGUGUUGGACCAUGAUUUGAAAUUAAAACAAUGUGUCAGGCUCAGCAUCUCCCACAUCUAACAAUACCUAUACCCACCCACACACACACAGCUGGAUUUAGAUAUGAAUUGUUUAAUCGAAUUACUUUGUUUUGAUGUAUGUGGAAAAUGCAGAGGUAAAGAUGAGUUGCUGUGGCUUUUGUGCAUUAACCAAAGACUGUAUGCAUGGUGUAAAGUAAUCUAGGCUGCUUUGCUUUCUUUGCAGUUGUAUGGUUCUUUUGGAUGUUAUGCACUUUAGCAUGUAAUGUGUUUGACAAGACCUAAAAUAGUUGGAUCCUCUUUUUGUUUCUCUGCACUGCCUCAUCGUGUUUGAACAGCGACUGGAGGAGCAGCCCCAACAGGUAUUUUAGUCGAUCACACUAUGGACAAUGUUUGCUAACGCUUUGGGUAUAUCUCAGAUGAUGUCCAGAGCCCUAUUUUAUGAUAUUAGCCAUAACUGCUACAAUACUAUUGGUGCCAAAGUGCCAAAUAUAAUACAGUAGUAUAAACUGCUAUGAUAACUGUUUAAAAGACUAUGAUGCAUGUUCAAAAGUUAUCAGCAUAAUUAGACAUAUUUGUUUAAAGGCACAUUUUGGAAUUAAAUAUGCAUCAUUCAGUGUGUAUGACAGCACAUCAUCCCAGCACAUCUCACAGUUAUGUUUACAUUUGUCUCAUAGUCAUCUGUUGUCAAUCUUUUCCACUGAUCCAGUUGUGAAGCAUUUUGUCUAUCUUUACAUAAUUAAUGUUAAUGUAAGUUGUUAUGUGCAUUUUAUAAAACCAUUCUAUCCAUUCCGCACUUUUCAUAGCUGCUGGACAGAUGCAGAAAGCGUCCUGUGACUGCUUUCACGACACCAUUAUAAACAAAAAAACAUAAUUUUUAAAAAACUUUUAUGUGGUUUCUCCAAUGAAGGGCAGCAGUAAUUUUUUUAAACAUGUAUAAUUUUUUGUGUUCUCCAAAUCAUGACUAUGUAGUUCACUGUCAAAUUAAUUUCUCCUUUACUUCUUCUCGAAUAACAUUUUAACGGGGAGACGGAAAAGAGUGGAGUAAAUUCACCAUUAAAUCUGCCUUUCAAAAGAACUAGAGGAACCUGGUGUGGGAAUCCUCAGUGGAUUUGUGUUGGCACCGCCUAGUGGAUCAGAAGCUGCUGAAGACACAGAGAUUGGGGCAGGACUUGGCUUCAAGACCUUGGGAGCUUCUUGUUCUCUGGACUCUGAAGCUGCACACUCAGAGGGGGCACAGGGGCGAGGGGACUUUGGGAAGAAGUUGAGUAACUCUUUAUGGACCUCCAGAGACCAUACCCAGGGGUCAGAGGGGAGAGGGAGAGGGGACCUCCCAUCCGCCAGGGGGGUCAGUCCAGAUUCUCAGAGAGCGGUCAGUCUUGAUGCACCUGAGUGCUCCUCUGGGCAGAGUGAUCCGCUGGGCACCUCUUUAGUCCGCAGCACAGCCUUUGAGGACCUCACCUCCGUUGAAGAGAAUAUAUUGUGGGUAGAUGAAGACCAGGGUCUAAGGAUUUCAAAAGAAGCCACAAAACAAGGACUGGCUUUCGAUUAUGCCAAAUCUCUCCAACAGGCUGCUGCUGCUUCUAAUACUGGAUCUAAGCAGUUUGUGCCAGGAAGCCCUGAUUCCUUCCCAGUUCACAGUCCAUCCUCUUCCCACUUUGUUCUGGAAAACUCUGUACCAGUGGACAGAAGCCCCAGACAUUAUUCAGAACAUCUACAGGAGGUACAUGAAGCCAUCUCAUCAGCUUUAAAGGACACUGCCCAUUUCGAUGUGGACAACCAGCUGGAGGGACAAAUAGAGCCACAGGUCAAUGGAAACAUGGUGUCUUCUGAGAGUGUCAAACAUUUGACAACAGUAUUAUCUGACAUAGGUGUAAUUAACCCUGUUGUAGAAUUAGAAAGAGCAAGCCAUCUGUCCAUACCUGAUGUUGUUGAGGAUCCCAAGACGAGAGAUGUUGUACAGUCUACCAAGACCACAAGUGAACUCCAGAAAAUUCCCCAAAGUUCUCCCGCAAGAAAGUCAUUGGUCCCGGUUGCUAUAUUCAAAGGUCUGUUUGCAGUUCUAUUCACCAAAUCCCAAACUAAAUCUUCUUCAGUUAAUUUCUUCCACUUUAUUUUACAAAACAGCUACCGUAUGCUAUGCAGCAUUCGCUCCCCUGAAAAUGUGCUAUGGAACUUCACGUUUGGCUGAGGAUAAGCUUGUCAUCCUCUCCCUUCCCCUUGCUUCUGUUUCCUUCUGUCUGUCUUGCUCUUUCUGCUGGCCUUGCAGACCCAAAAUCCACUACGGUUUACGGAUCUCACAAAUGCCUUGAGUGUUUCCAGUCAACAAGUCCUGUGUGUUACAGUUUGUCACUGUGCAUGUUUUUGAGAGUUCCACAUCUUUGUGAUUGUCUUUCAUUUGGUCUCCACUUCCCUAUGCACACAUACAUACAAAGAAACAUGCCGAUGGCCUCUCAAAGUUUGUUCACUCGGUGAGCUAAAAAAGGGCAAUAGAUAUUUUUGUCUGAAGAGUCCAAUAUGCUAAAUGUCUGUUUCCCCUUUUUCUUCCACAGCUCAAGCGAAGAUUGAAAACGACAAUGCUGAUAAGAAGGUAGGUAAUUUUGGCCAUACCAGUACAAUGGACAAUGCUACACAUUUCCUCUUAAUUUGUCAUUGAAAACCUUUUUUGAAAUCAUAUUUCCUAAUCAGUAUGAACCUUUAACUCAUACCGUUCAUUUGUGAAUCCGUGCCUGUUUCAUAACAUUUCAUCAUUUACUUUCAAGGUAUUCAAACAAUUUUUUACACUCAUUGCUUCCAAUCAUACAAAGACACCCAAAACUAGACCCACAUCUGCCCUUAAAAGACCCUCCCCAGUCAACAGAACCAGAAAUGGGCCCACCUCAGUACCUACUAGAGCCAGCAGUGUAGGGGCCAGGCAGACCUGUGUAAGUAUGGCACAAGCAUGCACACGGCUGAGAGUGGUACAACCCAUGCACCCCUGCAUACGGCUGAUAGUGGUGCAGGCUAGACCUUAACACCAUCUAACAAACAGCAUUGUUUUCCUGUGCAUCAACUAACACCAACACUCACUAACCCCCAGUCUUGUCUUUUACGAUUGUAACACCUUACGAUUGUAAGGGUGUGAUUGAAGGUUUUCGAUAUAUACAUUUGAUUAAAUGGGGCCCACACUCUGGAUUGCUCAAGCCUUUAUUUUAAUAAUAGGUGCAAUUGUAUUGCUAUUUGCUAAACAUAAAUACAUCAAUCAUCAUUCAUAGUUAAAAAAAGGUUUAAGAAAAUACAUGUUUUCCCAUGAUAUCAUUGUUAAUUACGUGUGUGUGGUGUGUGCGUGUUUGUCCAUGCAUUUGUGUGUGUGGCUGUGUCAAUGUGUCCACUUCCUGUCCCUCCUCUCGUCUCAGCCUCUCUCAGGGACCUUCAGCUCUCUCUGUAGAGUAGAAUGGAGAGGGAGGUUACUCCUUUUUAGGGGUCUUCUUUUUUACAAUAGUUCAAUCUGAUGUAUAGGCAGGGGUGAAAGUAGAUUUUUUUAAAUAUGUUUUUUGUUUUAGUUAAUUUUUUUAUUUAAUUUCUUACCGGUACGGGACACCCAAGUGCGCUCAUGCAUUUUUUUAAAUACUACAAAAAUUACAGGGUAGCUUACUCUGCUGACACUGACAAAUGAAAAAUGAUGUUGUCUGCCUCCCGAGUGGCACAGUUCUCUACUACAGACCCGGGUUCAUUCCCAGGCUGUGCCACAACCGGCCGUGGUCGGAGUCCCAUAGGACGGCGCACAAUUGGCCCAGCGUCGUCCGGGUUAGGGGAGGGUUUGGGCGGUGGGGCUUUACUUGGCUCAUCGCACUCUAGCGACUCCUUGUGGUGGGCCGGGUGCCUGCAGGCUGACCCAGUUGCCAGUUGAACAGUGUUUCCUGGGUUAAGCUAGCGGGUGUUAAGGUGCGCAGUUAGGCAGGUCAUGUUUCGGAGGACGCAUGACUCCACCUUUGCCUCUCCCGAGCCCAUUGGGGAGUUGCAGCGAUGAGACAAGAUUGAAAAUUGGGGGGUAAAAUACAAAAUAUAUAUAUACAGUACCAGUCAAAAGGGUUUUUCUUUAUUUUUACUAUUUUCUAUAUUGUAGAAUAAUAGUGAAGACGUCAAAACGAUGAAAUAACACAUAUGGAAUCAUGUAGUAACCAAAAAAGUGUUAAACAAAUCAAAAUAUAUAUUUUGAAGAACCCUUUGCUUUGUCGACAGCUUUGAAGACUCUUGGCAUUCUCUCAACCAGCUUCAUGAGGAAUGCUUUUCCAACAGUCUUGAAGGAGUUCCCACAUAUGCUGAGCACUUGUUGGCUGCUUUUCCUUCACUCUGCGGUCCAACUCAUCCCAAACCAUCUCAAUUGGGUUGAGAUUGGGUGAUUGUGGAGGCCAGGUCAUCUGAUGCAGCACUCCAUCACUCUCCUUCUUUGUCAAAUAGCCCUUACGCAGCCGGGAGGUGUGUUUUUGGUCAUUGUCCUAUUGAAAAACAAAUGAUAGUCCCACUAAGCGCAAAACAGAUGGGAUGGCGUGUCGCUGCAUAAUGCUGUGGUAGCCAUGCUGGUUGUGUGCCUUGAAUUCUAAAUAAAUCACAGACAGUGUCACAUUUACAUGUACAUUUACGUCAUUUAGCAGACGCUCUUAUCCAGAGCGACUUACAAAUUGGUGCAUUCACCUUAUGGUGGGAUAUCCAGUGGGAUAACAAUAUGUUUUUUUUUUCUUCUUUGGGGUGGGGUAAGAAGGAUUACUUUAUCCUAUCCCAGGUAUUCCUUAAAGAGGUGGGGUUUCAAGUGUCUCCGGAAGGUGGUGAGUGACUCCGCUGUCCUGGCGUCGUGAGGGAGCUUGUUCCACCAUUGGGGUGCCAGAGCAGCGAACAGUUUUGACUGGGCUGAGCGGGAACUGUGCUUCCGCAGAGGUAGGGGGGCCAGCAGGCCAGAGGUGGAUGAACGCAAUGCCCUCGUUUGGGUGUAGGGACUGAUCAGAGCCUAAAGGUACGGAGGUGCCGUUCCCCUCACAGCUCCGUAGGCAAGCACCAUGGUCUUGUAGCAGAUGCGGGCUUCAACUGGAAGCCAGUGGAGUGUGCGGAGGAGCGGGGUGACGUGAGAGAACUUGGGAAGGUUGAACACCAGACGGGCUGCGGCAUUCUGGAUGAGUUGUAGGGGUUUAAUGGCACAGGCAGGAGGCCCAGCCAACAGCGAGUUGCAGUAAUCCAGACGGGAUAUGACAAGUGCCUGGAUUAGGACCUGUGCCGCUUCCUGUGUAAGGCAGGGUCGUACUUUCCGAAUGUUGUAGAGCAUGAACCUACAGGAUCGGGUCACCGCCUUGAUGUUAGCGGAGAACGACAGGGUGUUGUCCAGGGUCACGCCAAGGCUCUUCGCACUCUGGGAGGAGGACACAAUGGAGUUGUCAACCAUGAUGGCGAGAUCAUGGAACGGGCAGUCCUUCCCCGGGAGGAAGAGCAGCUCCGUCUUGCCGAGGUUUAGCUUGAAGGUGGUGAUCCGUCAUCCACACUGAUAUGUCUGCCAGACAUGCAGAGAUGCGAUUCGCCAUCUGGUUAUCAGAAGGGGGAAAGGAGAAGAUUAGUUGUGUGUCGUCUGCGUAGCAAUGAUAGGAGAGGCCAUGUGAGGAUAUGACAGAGCCAAGUGACUUGGUGUAUAGCGAGAACAGGAGAGGGCCUAGAACUGAGCCCUGGGGGACACCAGUGGUGAGAGCACGUGGUGCGGAGACAGAUUCUCGCACGCCACUUGGUAGGAGCGACCGGUCAGGUAGGACUCAAUGCAAGAGUGAGCCGUGCCGGAGAUGCCCAACUCGGAGAGGGUGGAGAGGAGGAUCUGAUGGUUCACAGUAUCAAAGGCAGCAGACAGGUCUAGAAGGACAAGAGCAGAGGAGAGAGAGUUAGCUUUAGCAGUGCGGAGAGCCUCCGUGACACAGAGAAGAGCAGUCUCAGUUGAAUGACCAGUCUUGAAACCUGACUGGUUUGGAUCAAGAAGGUCAUUCUGAGAGAGAUAGCAAGAGAGUUGGCUAGAGACGGCACGCUCAAGAGUUUUGGAGAGAAAAGAAAGAAGGGAUACUGGUCUGUAGUUGUUGACAUCAGAGGGAUCAAGUGUUGGUUUUUUGAGAAGGGGUGCAACUCUCGCUCUCUUGAAGAUGGAAGGGACAUAGCCAGCGGUCAACGAUGAGUUGAUGAGCGAGGUGAGGUAAGGGAGAAGGUCACCGGAGAUGGUCACCAGCAAAGCUAUCUUACCUUGUCACAACACAACUGAUUGGCUCAAACGCAUUAAGAAGGAAAUAAAUUCCACAAAUUAACUUUUAAGAAGGCACACCUGUUAAUUGAAAUGCAUUCCAGGUGACUACCUCAUGAAGCUGGUUGAGAGAAUGCCAAGAGUGUGCAAAGCUGUCAUCAAGGCAAAGGGUGUCUAUUUGAACAAUCUCAAAGAUAAAAUAUAUUUUGAUUUGUUUAACACUUUAUUGGUUACUACAUGAUUACAUAUGUGUUGUUUCAUAGUUCUGAUGUCUUCACUAUUAUUCUACAAUGUAGAAAAUAGUAAAACAAUUAAUAAAAACCCUCGAAUGAGUAGGUGUAUCCAAACUUUUGACUGGUACUGUAUAUAUUCUUAAUUCAUUCCUUACUUAGAUUUGUGUGUAUUGGGUAUAUGUUGUGAAAUUGUUAUAUAUUACUUGUUAGAUAUUACUGCACUGUCUGAGCUGGAAGCACAAGCAUAUCGCCACACCCGCAAUAACAUCUGCUAAACACGUGUGACCAAUAAAAUGUGAUUUGAUUUGUACUUUGCACCGUUCAUCUUUGUCUCGAUCCUAACUAGUCUCCCAGUCCCUCUGCUGAAAAACAUCCCCACAGCAUGAUGCUGCCACCACUAUGCCAGGUUUCCUCCAAACGUGACGCUUGGCAUUCAGGCCAAAGAGUUCAAUCUUGGUUUCAUCAGACCAGAGAAUCUUGUUUCUUAUGGUCUGAGAGUCUUUAGGUGCCUUUUGGCAAACUCGAAGCGCGCUGUCAUGUGCCUUUUACAGAGGAGUGGCUUCCGUCUGGCCACUCUACCAUAAAGGCCUGAUUGGUGGAGUGCUGCAGAAAUGGUUGUCCUUCUGGAAGGUUCUCCCAUCUCCACAGAGGAACUCUAGAGCUCUGUCAGAGUGACCAUCGGGUUCUUGGUCACCUCCCUGACCAAGGCCGUUCUCCCCCGAUUGCUUAGUUUGGCUGGGCGGCCAGCUCUAGGAAGAGUCUUGGUGGUUCCAAACUUCUUCCAUUUGAUUGAGGCCACUGUGUUCUUGGGGACCUUCAAUGCUGCAGACAUUUUUUGGUACCCUUCCCCAGAUCUGUGCCUCGACACAAUCCUGUCUCGGAGCUCUACGGACAAAUCCUUCCACCUCAUGGCUUGGUUUUUGCUCUGACAUGCACUGUCAACUGUGGGACCUUAUAUAGACAGGUGUGUGCCUUUCCAAAUCUUGUCCAAUCAAUUGAAUUUACCACAGGUGGAUUCCAAUCAAGUUGUAGAAAAAUCAAGGAUGAUCAAUGGAAACAGGAUGCACCUGAGCUCGAUUUUGAGUCUCAUAGCAAAGGGUCUGAAUACUUAUGUAAAUAAGGUAUUUCUGUUUUUUGUUAGUAAUACAUUUGCAAAUAUUUUUACAAACCUGUUUUCGCUUUGUCAUUAUAGGGUAUUGUGUGUAGAUUGAUGAGGAUUUUCUUUUAUUUAAUCAAUUUUAGAAUAAGGCUGUAACGUAACAAAAUGUGGAAAAAGUCCAGGGGGUCUGAAUACUUUCCGAAGGCACUGUAGCUAUACAGAAUAUCUCACCACCAUGUGUUUCCAUCUCCUCCUCUCUCCUUUAUUCCUUUCUUGAGCACACAGAGGGGCUCUCAACAGUUUAGUGAAAUAUGUUUAAUAGCGAAAACAUGUUAGAAUUUAUGUUCUCGAACAUAUUUCACUUGGUUUUCACAACUGGGUAGCUGCAGGAACAGGGUUGGAGAGCCCAUGGCAUACAGAGUUUGGGCGGAAUAUCACCUGUCGCGCAACGAGAGCAUGCUCCUCAAACAGUGGUUGAUGCCUGAAGUGAAAUAAGUGUUCUUAUAUGUAUUUCUCAGCUGCUCAUAUUAAGCACAGCUCUGCUAUAAAACCGAAGUAGCCUACCCGCAUCAUUAAAAAAACAGAAAGCGUGUGGCCUCUAUUCGCUAAUCGAGUGCAUACAGAUGACAUGGAUUUUUCCCCUGCCCCUGUUCCUUCCCAUUUGAUAAUGGGCCAUUCUAAAUCGAAACUAAUUUUACAUAUUAGUAAAGACAAGAUUAAAUUGAGAAUAGUCUGAUGGGUGAAAAUAUGAUCACAUGAUGAGAGAACAGCUGUGUAGCAUGAGGCAAGCUUUUUUUGCGACUUUCUGAAAUCAUCAAUAGCCUAUAGUUGCAUCAUGCAGCCCAUAUAUGUUUUGAUUUCUAAGACAUUCUAAGGUUUGUAUCAUUCACAACUAAAGUUGCCAAAUAACUAAAUCUAGCGUAUAGGACCUGUUUCAAAUUAUAACUUUUACGCUCAACAUCAAAUGCAUACUCGCUCCAGAAUGGGAAAAAUAUCAUUUCUAUAUUCUUCUAACUAUAAAAUCAUAUAAUAUAAAAGAAUGGCACGGGUCUUAUAAGCAUAUAUGUCAGCUAAAUGAACAUGCCUAUAGCCUAUGGCAUGGAGCAUAGCCAGAUAACAUACAGUAGGCCAACUCAUAUUCUGUUUUUCUGAAAUACAUUUUCUUCAUAUCAUAAUGUUUCUUUAAACCUGACUAAAAUAAAUAAUGUAUUUAUUGUGAUGGUGUAUAUUAAAUUGAUUUAUUAUACUUUUUUAAAUGAAGAUGUUCCAAUGGCGCAUCAGCGGCUUGUAUGCAGCUUGUAUGCAGCUUGUAUGCAGCUUGUAUGCGUGGAGGCCUGGUGAUGCUAAACGUGUUUAUGUUCAUUAACAGUAAUUUACCGUGAGACCGACAGUCUUUUGCAUUACAAUAACCGGCUGACAAAAUGUUGUUACAGUUGUUGGUUAGCUAGCUAGCGAAUUUAGCUAGCUAGCCAUAUUAGCAUUGACAUGAAAUCAGUGAAAACACCUCAAAACAACACAUGGUAUCAAGAACAAGAUGAAACUAGCUGAAACUAAUCACUUACGAUUCCUCACAUGGCAGUUUCUUGUCAUUGUUGGUAGCUAUCUGGCCAUCCAGAAUCACAACAACUCACAGACUUCUGCCCCAUUGAAGCGUGCGCAUCGUUUUCGUGACGUUGUCAGCUAACCCAUCUAUACCAUUUAUACUUCCAGUAUGAGUCUCCCCCUCCCCUCUCUGUUGAAUAUCUGUAGCCAGUUAUGAUGCAGGGUGAGAACAGCCUUUGGUCCUUGAGUGUGUCCAGAGUAGAUGUGUAUACUCACUAAGAGUAGCAUAGAGUGAAGUGUGUUCCAUCUUGCCUCGCCAGUGAGUGUGUAACUCUUUAGCCCACUUUAACAAUUUCCUGUGUACUGACACCGAUCCGUGCGUCAAUCAAUCACAAAACGCAGCCAUUUCUGAGAAAUAUGCCCUUGCACAGUUUCACUCUCACACCUUCAGUACUAUGAAUUAUGCAUACAGGGCUGCAGUGAACAGGAACUAAGGUAGAAGAGGCAGCUGAUCAGUUUCACAUAAACAAAAUUAAGAUUUACAGAUGCUGUAGCCUAGUUGUUUUUUGGUGUAUAGCCAACUCCUAUGGGGGUUGUCAUGGGCGACAGAUACUGUACAUUGUGAAUAGUAGUUAGCUGAAGCAAGCUUAGUGUCGCAUAGUGAAUGGCUAUGAAUGUCUAAGGCUGAUGCUCUUUGUCCAUAUUGAAAGCCACUUGAAUGAUAUUGUGCUUAUGCAUUGAGGCUAUACAAUCGUAUCAUGCAUUUUCCCAUGUUUAAAGGACUGCAAUUGACCCCUAAAAUAAAGCUUGUUUUAUGGCUCUGAAUACAUGUUCAGCAUGCAGUCAAGGCUAAUGGCCACAUUUGGAGUAGCUAGUGCUCUUAAAUCGUAUCAAGAUUGACAGGAGGGUGAGGGUUAUAUGAGGGUUAUAUUCAUAAUAACUUAUCUAUCUAACAUACACUUGGAGUAAAAAAAAGUUACCUUACCUGGCUAGGUAGCCAUAGCUAGCAUUAGCUACAUUGUCAAUAGGCAAUGCAAGCUAGGUAACUAGCUAGCAAACAAAGCAACAAAAGUAUAAUUUCAUAUUCGAAAAAUACAAUACCAAGAGUGCUGAUGGAUCAGCCAGUCAAUCAAGAGCAUGUUGGUUGGUCAUUUGUCACUAAUGUCAUUUUCAACCCUUUGUUUCUUUUUCUGGGGAUGUAAAGACUCCGGGUGGUGCCAGGCCUCAGGCCCCCGGAACCAAGAUUCCCGCCAAAACCCCAGCUCCAGGUAUGUAGCUAGCUAGCCUGCAAUGUGCAGCACAAAAAGUAUGAUUGACAAACCUCUGAUUAUGCCUAAUUUGUGCUGUUUAUUUUUGUGAUACAGCAAGCGGCAAGAACAAAGGUAAAUAGAGACAUUUAUGAAUUUUAUUGAACCCAUUAGUUCGAUCAGGACUAGCCUUCAUUUGUUUCUUAGUACGAUCUAUCACUGGCCUUGAAAUAACUGUAAAUCUACGGUCUUCAAAAAGGCUCACUGUACCCUUUCAAUACUCUCUAAAGACAACACCAGUGGACAGAGCAGCCCUGGUACUCCCAAGUCCCCCUCCAGCAAGACUCUUCCCGGGAAGCCCUUGGCUGUGGCCACCAACCAGGUGAAGAAGGUUGCGGUGGUGCGCACCCCACCCAAGUCCCCUGGCUCUCUCAAGAGCCGCGCCCCUGCACCCCUCACCGCCGCGGCCCCCUUGCCGGACCUGAAGAACGUCAGGUCCAAGAUCGGCUCCACGGACAACAUCAAGCACCAGCCUGGAGGAGGAAGGGUAAGUUCAGGCUCUAUUUGGUAUAACUACAUGGCAGAGUGCCUCACACAACCUUGAUUUUCCAUUCCUCUCAUUCACUGUCUCUUCAUCUGCUUUAAUGUUUUACACAGGGAUGGAAGCUCUCACUCCAAUGACAAACUGUUGCGUGGCUAGUCGUUUUUGUUUUGAGAGAUUUUUAAUCUGUCUCAGACAGCUCACUUGAAUCAGUGUAGAGUCCUCUGCUUUGAAACCCUUGAAGGAUAACAGUCUCUUCCCCUACCUCUGCACUUUUCCAGGUACAAAUAAUUGAAAAGAAGAUCGACUUAAGCAAUGUGCAGUCUAAGUGUGGCUCCAAAGACAAUAUCAAACAUACACCCGGAGGUGGCAAUGUGAGUAACUAAGGGAUGAACUCAACACCUGAGUCUUGAGUCUCUCUAAAGUUAUGAUCAUCGAAACAACCCUAUUCGAAAUUGGAAAUGCCCUACCCCAUCUUUACUGGCUCUCACGUCAUUGCUCAACACAAGCUAAAUUAUCAUAGGUGCACAAACUCUACAAUGUACUCCUUUAAAGGAUUAAGUGAGUCAAAAUAUUUCUGCCCUAUGCUCUCAUCCCUACAACAGUUCAGAUUCUCCCUUUCUUUUGGCAUGGUCCUCAUCUGCAGUCUCGCUGCGUUUGACUACUCAAGGCCAAUACUCCUUUUCCUUUACUUCUGCUUUCAGGUCCAAAUCCUUGAGAAGAAGUUGGACGUAAGCAAUGUCCAGGCUCGUUGUGGAUCCAAAGCCAACCUGAAUCACACUCCUGGAGGAGGCAGGGUGAGUAACUAGUUUUGAGACAAAAUCUUAUUCACAAACAUUGUCCUGAUAAUUUCUGCUCCAUCACUGGCCUGUCUUUUUGACCCUGUGGGAAUCAUGCACUCUAUGAUAAAAGAUAGGAGAAUAGUGCAACAAUCAAAUAAGCGAACAUCUCCCAAUAACAAGCAAUACACUGUAGUAUCAUUAGCAGGCAGCAGCUACUUAGGGGUCUAUAAGUAUUUUAUAACUCGUUAAAGGGCAUCAUGGAAGCUUCCAUGGAUACUUUAUAUUGACUAUUAAAAGUGUUAAUGAAUGUUAACAUUUUGAAACUAUUUUAUUUGUUGAAAGGUACCAUUGCCCAGCGUGCAGAAUUGGGCACAUAAUGUUUUGAUGACUUAAUUUUCAUAAUAACCAGAUUGCAUCCAACUGGUCUCUGUUAUAACCAGGUACAGUAAAGGUGUCUUUUUCAUGAUGAGAUCAAUACCUCAUGGGAAAAAUAUCUUGUUUGGUUGUUAUCUGGUCAGAUUACAACCAGAUAAAGAUAUAUUUUUCUGAUUGCUAAAAAUAUGUUGAAAAAUGUCCUUAUACAACCAGUAUACAACCUAAAGACAUAAUAAAAUAUGUCAAUUCAACCAGUUGUGCCAACUGGGUAGGUCAUUCAUAAGAACAGAUUUCACUACCUCAGUCUCAGUCUUCCACACCUGCAGCCUUGCUGCUUUGGAUUACUCCAACAUAACGCUCUCUUUCCUAUAACUCUGUGCUUUUCCAGGUAAAAAUACUUGAUCAGAAGAUCGACUUUAGUCAUGUCCAGUCUAAGUGCUGCUCCAAAGGCAAUAUCAAACAUAUACAGGUGGCAAUGUGAGUAACUAAGGGAUAAACUCAAUACCUCCUGCGUCUUGAGUCACUCUACAGUUAUGAUCAUCGAUGCAAACGUUGGUAAAAAAGUUCCUGAAAAGUUCCUUUCCUUCUCUACUGGUCCCUUGUCAUUACCUACAACCAGUCAAAUGUAUUUUUGUAUACGAUGUUCACAUUCCUACAAGAGUUCUGGUUUCGCCUCCUUUACCAUGGUCCUCAUACGCAGCCGUGCUGCUUUCUGAUUGCUCAAGGAUAACAGUCUCUUCCCCUACAUCUGCAUUUUUCCAGGUACAAAUACUAGAAAAGAAGGUGGACGUAAGCAAUGUCCAGUCUCGCUGUGGCUCCAAAGAUAAUAUCAAACAUACACCCGGAGGUGGCAAUGUGAGUAGGCCGUACUAAAGGGACGAACCCACGGCUCCCUGCAGAGAUUACAGCUUUUGCCAAAGCCCUUCCCCUUUCCAAUGGGAUAAUUUGCAUCUGCACUAAGGAACUAGUCGAACACCUUUGCACGGAAAUCCCUGUCUCGAUUGUGUUAAUCUGUCCCAAUCUGUGUGACUACAACUCUCCCACUACUACAACUGUGAUAUAUUAAUAUGUUGUGUUAACAAGUGGUCAUAAAGCCUCUAUCAACUGUCAUGAGCAUGUCAUAUGCUGUACAUAAUUAUAACAAUAGAUGUUGGUGAAAUGGUCCAACACUUUUAUGUUGCAUGCAGUGGUACGCAUCAUGGUUAGGUGUCUAUUCCAUUUCAAUUCAGUCCAUUCUGGAAGCAAACUGAAAUUCCAAUUUCAAUAUUCAUCAUUUAAGUUUUAAUUUCAGUUCACUCCCUGAAUUGACCCAACCCUAGCUAGCUAGCUAGUUGGCUCAUGAGCUAGCUGACCUAAAUUGCUGUUUGUGUCAGGACCCUGUUAUAUCAUAUGACAUCAGCUGCAACUACCAAGGAAAUCUUAUGUAAUGCUCAUGACAACCUAAAGUAGGCUUAAUGAUGUUUCUCCCCACCCCCCUUUGGAGAAUGUGUACCUGUCUGUUUUUCUAUGUUUUGCUGAUGAAAUAAACCUGACCUUAAAAUAAAAUGCAUGGAGUACUUGGCCGGGUACUUAAUAAGUGGGACCAAACUGAUCAGCUGAGUUUUGCAUCUGGUAGUAUGCUUUUUUCAUAAAAUGAAAUAAAUCCUUGCAAAUGUCAAGCACACAAGCAUCAAAUGGGACAGAAGCCAUCCUUAAUGCCCAUUAACAAAAGUGUGUCUGUCCCAUGCUUCUGCUUGGAGUUGCCAGCCUAUUGUAGUGAACAGCAAAUAAGUGACCUCACUCAAGAGAGACAAAGAGCUUUGUGUCGAGAGACACCAGCCGGGCCCUUCACUCCGGGAGCCUGGCUGCAUAUGAUGAGGUCAUCAGAUCCUCAGAUCCAGAGAUUGGAUUGUGAAACUUGGCUGUUGAAUAUUGAGUUGAUCUAAAAGCAACUUUAACCCUUCUGGAUAGAAACUUGACCAAGGCAAAUGGCAAUGUACUGUAUAACGCAAUAACUGUAUGUAUCAAUUAGAAAUAACAGCAAUGUCUCAAUUUCAGAUAUAGCUACAAAGUUUGCAUUCUAAAUAAAUGACAGCAUAAAAUGUGAGAAUACUUAAUAAACUGAAAACACUCUAUUUAAAGUAUUCAUUGAGUUUCAAAUGAUACAAUUAAAUCAGCAUGGUGAUCUUGACUUUGAGUCAAUCGGUAUUGUCCAGUAAUAGUGUGUGUUUAUGUGUAUCUUGUUAACAAAGUUUUACUCUCCCCAACGACCAUCUGACCUCUACUUGGAGGAAACAUUUAAUAAAAUAAUAUGUAUAGAUUUUUCUGUUUUCUUUUAUCUCCCUGCACAGGUUCAAAUAGUCCACAAAAAGAUUGACCUGAGCAAUGUUAAAUCAAAAUGCGGUUCUACAGCCAACAUCCACCACAAGCCAGGUAAGUCUUAAUCUUAAAGGGACAUUACACUACAGAAUCAAAGUUUGUCAUAAGUUUUUAGACUUCAAAAGUAGUCUUCCCCUCCCCAGUGGCAUGUCCAGAACAUUUUGAAUGGGGUGGCCAAGGUGGGGCACAGACCCAGUUUAGGGGGCCAUAAAAUGUUGAACCUUAAUUGAUGCAUGGUGGAUUUUUUCAAUAUAGUUAUGAUGGUUCAAAGCAUUAAUGCUUCCGCUUAGGUUUGGUGUCUUCUAAACUUCCAUCGGUAGUUUAAAAAAAUAUAUUCUUUGCUCAAUGAAGUCAUCCACAAUGUAUACAUCGCCAUUUUAGAGUAUCCCUGUCUUCUGUUUUUGAUCAAGACAGGUGAGUGUCAUUUAAAGCGGCGCUUGAUUUCUGAGUCGUGCACAUGAAGUGCAACACUUUGGGAUGGACACCCAAUAAGAGAAGACAAAGAUACUCCAAGUUGGAUUACUUCAUUGAGUAAAAAUGUAUUUAAUAACGGAGCAUUUUCUAAAUUACAACGUUCUACCUGCAACUACCAAUGGGAGUUUAGAAGACAUCGGUGCCUUCAAAGUCGAAAGUUCAGGAAGUACCUGACGGUGCUUUUCACUACCACCACUGUCACGGUGUAUGGAAGCAUUGCAUAUUACGUUACAAUUCUGUAGCUAUAGCUAGCUGCUCCCAUGUGUCCAUUUCCCUCUCUUUAUCAAAUUAGCUCACAUCCAGCAGGCGGGGCACCAGCGAGCUGACUAGAGGACACAGAGGGGCAACAAAUGGUUUAUAGACAGGUCAAUCAUGGUAGCUGUAAAUGCCUUUUUAACAAUUGUAUCAUUUUGUCAUUUCUGUAAUAAGGUGGUGGGAAUGUUGAGAUAAAAUCUGAGAAAUUGGAUUUCAAAGUCCAAUCAAAGAUCGGCUCCAUGGACAACAUUGGGCACGUGGCCGGAGGUGGACAGAGGAGGGUAAGACUACAAAACAUUAUUCUGGAACAUCCCUUUACAGUGGUCCUUAGGGGAAAAGUAGGUAUGUCCCUGGAUUACACAUCUAAUAUCAGUGAUAUGUUUAUCAUAUUUUCCCUCUCUCCUGAAGAACUUCUCUAUUGCUUGCUCUGAGCUUUUCUUUUAUGGCAUAGCCCCCGAUUUGAAUACCUUGCUUGGCAAAUGCUCUGUGAAAAUCAGUCUUGAUCAAGGCAACCGUAACAUGGCAAGGAAUGGAAAUACAUCCUUGUUACAAAUUACAGAUAUUACUUUGAUAAUCUAUCUUUUCUUUAUGAAUCAUACAUACUAACAUAGUGCUAUGGGGUCCCAUGGCUGAACUGACAGAGAUUGCUGCUCCUGACAUAGACCAACAGCGCUGUUGUUAGCUUGUUCUUGCAUUAGGCUAAACACAUGCACAGUAUGUACUUUUGAUACUUCAAAGUAUCAAUGAUUGUAUCUUGUUUGCCUGUCUGCAUUUGACGACAUUUUGAAGACAUACAUGAGUGUUAGGAAUAGUGAGAGGUCUCAUUGAAAAUAGGCUAAGGCUGCAUUGGUGUCCUGGGUGACUGUGGCUGCCUAACUGCCUGCUCUCCUUACCCUUCUCUCAUCCGCUCUCCUCCCCUGUGUACUUCGUCUCACUGCUAUCUGAUAAUACCCACGAUCUUUAAUCCUGGCUUCCUGGACCCAAUCUGAAAUCGAUCCCUAGACCCAACACCCUAUGCACUUGUAUAAAUCUGAGAGGUUUUAACUGGUACAAGUAAUAUGGUAGCCUAUUAGAGUGCAAGGUGGAGCUAUUACCAUAUUAGUUGCACCUGACAAAUCCUCUCAGAUCUCCACAAUUGCGUAGGGUCUAGGAGUCCAUUUGGUAUUGAGUGCUGCUUUUCUUAUCUAAGCUAACUGGGUUCCUCGCCUCUGCCACAUUAGUAACAUCACAGCUAUAGAAAGCUUCUUGCCCUGUUCUCAUUCCAUAAUUUAUUUUCAACCUUUUUUUUAAUCUACUUGAAUUAUUUAUUUUCAUCCAACUAAAUAUUUUGUUACUUACAUCACCUGUCACUUGGUUUGUUUGUGAGUAUUAUUAUAUACAGUGCGAGUCAAAAGUUUGGACACACCUACUCAUUCCAGAGUUUUUCUUUAUUUUGUAGAAUAAUAGUGAAGACAUCAAAACUAUGAAAUAACACAUAUGGAAUCAUGUAGUAACAAAAAAGUGUUAAACAAAUCAAAAUAUAUUUUAUAUUUGAGAUUCUUUAAAGUAACCACCCUUUGCCUUGAUGACAGCUUUGCACACUCUAGGCAUUCUCUCAACCAGCUUCACCUGGAAUGCUUUUCCAACAGUCUUGAAGGAGUUCCCACAUAUGCUGAGCACUUGUUGGCUGCUUUUCCUUCACUCUGCAGUCCAACUCAUCCCAAACCAUCUCAAUUGGGUUGAGGUCGGGUGAUUGUGGAGGCCAGGUCAUCUGAUGCAGCACUCCAUCACUCUAUUUAUUGGUCAAAUAGCCCUUACACAGCUUGGAGGUGUGUUGGGUCAUUGUCCUGUUGAAAAACAAAUGAUAGUUCCACUAAGAGCAAACUAGAUGGGAUGGCGUAUCACUGCAGAAUGCUAUGGUAGCCAUGCUGGUUAGGUUUGCCUAACCAAGCAAAGCACCAUCACACCUCCUCCUCCAUGCUUCACGGUGGGAACCACACAUGCGGAGAUGUUCCGUUCACCUACUCUGCGUCUCACAAAGAUACGGCGGUUGGAACCAAAACUCUUUAGUAGUGGUUUCACACAGUCUCUUCUGAACAGAUGAUGUUGAGAUGUGUCUGUUACUUGAACUCUGUGAAGCAUUUAUUUGGGUUGCAAUCUGAGGUGCAGUUAACGCUUAUCCUCUGCAGCAGAGGUAACUCUGGGUAUUCCUUUCCUGUGGCGGUCCUCAUGAGAGCCAGUUUCAUCAUAGUGCUUGAUGAUUUUUGUGACUGCACAUAAAGACAUUUUCAAAGUUCUUGACAUUUUCCGGAUUGACUGACCUUCAUGUCUUAAAGUCAUGAUGGAUUGUCAUUUCUCUUUGUUUAUUUGAGCUGUUCUUGCCAUAAAAUGGACUUGGUCUUUCUUGAUCUUCUGUAUACCAACCCUACCUUGUCACAACACAACUGAUUGGCUCAAAUGCAUUAAGAAGGAAAAAAAUUCCACAAAUUAACUUUUAACAAGGCACACCUGUUAAUUGAAAUACAUUCCAGGUGACUACCUCAUGAAGCUGGUUGAGAGAAUGCCAAGGGUGUGCAAAGCUGUCCUCAAGGCAAAGGGUGGCUACUUUGAAGAUUCUCAAAUAUAAAAUAUAUUUUGAUUUGUUUAACACUUUUUUGGUUACUACAUGAUUCCAUAUGUGUUAUUUCAUAGUUUUGAUGUCUUCACUAUUAUUCUACAAUGUAGAAAAUAGUACAAAAAUAAAGAAAAACCCUUGAACGAGUAGGUGUGUCCAAACCUUUGACUGGUACUGUAUAUUUUUUAUUUAUUUGUAUUUUUUAUGUUGUUCCCGUCACAUGUUUUUGUUGCAUUUUUAUGUAAUCUUCCCCCCAUCGCUGGGUGUCCUCUGUAGAGAGAGAAGGGGAAGGAAGCAGGAGGCAGCCUCAAAGACAGCCCAUCAAACAGGGGCACGUACUGCCCUUCCCCUGCCGACACCCCCCCACAGUCACCCCAGCCCCUCCCCUCAGCACACAUCACACCCAUCCUGAUGAACCCGCUCAUAAAGAUUGAGGACUCCAGUAAGUACACCACAUCCACCGGUGCCAAGCAGGGAGAAUGCGUGGAAUGUUGUGUGUACACUGCAGUAUAUCUUGGAUAUUGAAAGUUUAUAAUGCAUCCCUGUCAAGGCGAAUGGACACCAUUUUCAAAAUGCAGACACCAAAUUUCAGGAGCAGGCAGCUCACAUCUAACGCUUCAAUUAACCUCUUUCACCUCUUUACCACCAUAGGGUGCCAUAAUAUUAUCAGAAUAGUCUGAAAACAUUAUCAGAAUAGUCUGAAAACAAACAUUUAUUACUGUAUGUUUGAUCUUUUUGGUUCGAACCCAAGGAAAGUCAUUGAUUGCAUACAUAUUCUGUGCAAUAAAUGGCAAUUUGGCCAGAAAAUACAUUAUUUUGCCCUUGAAAGUUACAGUAUGUGGAUGAGAUUAGCAUCAUCAAAUAAAGGAGUCAGGAUGUUCACCCAGAAUGCGUACUCUUUCCACUGGUAUUUACCUAGUAUUAAUAGGAAACUUUGUUGUAACAAUGUGUAAGUUCAUUUACUUACUUCAAAGAUUUUAACGAAAUUGGUAAUUUAUUAGAAUAUAUACCUAAUAUUUUAUGUACAGUAAAAUAAAGUGCAACCAUUACCUCCGUGUGUAUAGUCAUGUCGAUUUCGGCUGGUGCCCAGUGAGGCAGCCACAGUGUUUUGGUCGCUGCUCGUGUGUUUACUGUUUUUGUUUGCUAACUUGUGAUUUGCAACAAAAUGCAUCAACUGUAAAUUUGCUAAUACUGUCCUAUCAUGUGUAAUUGUUCUGUUUAUUGUAUUUAUAUUGUAUAUAGUGCAUGUAGAUGAUGUGUAAAUUCCUUUUUCUAUAUUCUGUCUGUUUUGUCUAUUACUAGCAGCACCAAUUCACUAAGUCAAAUUCCAUGUGUGUGAAAAUAAAGGUGAUUCUGAUACCUUAUAUACCUUAUGAUAUACCUUCUCUUCGAUCGGCAGAUUGAGAGCCACAAGCUGACGUUCCGUGAGACGGCCAAGGCACGUACUGACCACGGCGCCGAGAUUAUCUCCCUGGAAGACGACCCCCUGUCCCACCAGCUCAGUACCUUGUCCUCCUCCGGCUCCAUCAACAUGGCCGACUCACCGCAGCUCUCCACACUCGCCGACCAGGUAUCUGCCUCGCUGGCCAGCCAAGGC